AUGGGAUCUCUAAGGACGUUCAUAAAAGACGUGAGGAGUGCCAAAACUCUGGCAGAUGAACGAUUGAUUAUCACUAAAGAGUCAGCUAAGAUCAGAACCAAGUUAAAAGAUGACCAUCUUCCAUUGGACAAAAGAAGGAAAAACAUCCAUAAGCUGUUGUAUCUCUACAUUCUCGGCGAGAAAACACAUUUCGCUCAGGUAGAGUGCAUCAAUUUGAUUGCUUCUGAUGAUUUUAGGGAUAAAAGAUUGGGAUAUUUGGCAGCAAUGCUAUUGUUGGAUGAAAACCAAGAAAUUUUGACGCUUUUGACCAACAUGAUGAAUAAUGAUUUAAAUCAUCCCAACCGCUACGUAGUGUCCCUGGCUUUGAAUACGUUAGGAUCGCUGAUGUCACCGGAACUUGCUCGUGAUCUCUAUCCUGAUGUUGAGAAUAUUCUGAACCACUCAAUGGACACCUAUUUACUUAAAAAAGCGCUCCAGUGUGCAGCCAAGUUGGUGAGUAGAGACGUUGCUCUAUUGGAGAUUUUCUAUCCAUAUGUUGAGAAGAUAAUAAAAUCGCACCAACUAUAUUCGCACGGUGUCCUUUUGGGUGUUACCAAACUAUGCCAGUCAGCUUUACUCUCAAAAGCCACCUACGAAUAUGAUGACUAUCCAACUAUUUUGUCUUCCUUGACAAACAUUAUUCCUGAUCUCUUCUCCUUGCUUCAAGAUUUAAGCUCAACGAAUUUCAACCCCGAAUUUGACGUCAAUGGUACUUGCGAUCCUUUUCUGCAAGUGGAAAUACUUUACACGCUACGCCUGAUGUUCGAAGCUGCUCCACAGGAGACCGAACGUUAUCUGGAUAAACUAAACGACAUGCUUACUCAAAUAGCGACUAAUGUGGAUGGGUCGAAGAAUAGCGCUCAUGCGGUGCUCUACGAGUGCGUUAGAACUAUUUUCUCUUUGCAGCUAGACCAAUCGCUCAAAGUUCUGGGAGUCAAUAUAUUGGCAAAGUUCUUAUCUGGUAAGGACAACAAUAACAAAUACGUUGCACUGAACACAUUGCUGCGUGUUGUACCUCUAGAACCUCAAGCUGUCAAGAGACAUCGUAAAUUCAUCUCUCGCUGUUUAUUUGAUGUCGACGUUUCAAUCAAAAUGAGAUCGCUGGAAUUAACGUUUGCCAUAUUAGAUGACUCAAACAUGAAGGAACUUAUCGAAGAGUUGAUUGAAUUCUUGGAAGUAUCCAGCGAAGAUGAUAAAGAUUUGAUAACGUACAUUGUGGAACAUACAAUUGACCUAUUUGAGAUUCGUGAGAUAAAUGACGAUGAAUGGAAAUUGAACAUCAUAGUACGUAUAAUGAAACUUGUGGGACAAUACAUAUCAGUAGAAAAGAUCGGAGAUGUUCUCAUCAUGAUAAACAAUGCACAAAAUAUGCAAUUCAAAACUGAGACAAUAAAGAAAAUAUUGGAAAUAACUGUAGGGAAGAGCAAAGAAAGUGUAAGCGAGUUCAAUAUUGGGUGGAAAUUGAUGUCGUUAUGGUCAAUUGGCGAGUAUGCCGAGCUCGUUUUAGGCCAAUCAAAUAUAACCGAUGUCGAUUUAACAGAUUAUUUGUGCAAAACUAACAAUAUCUAUGCUGACGAUAUUAAGCUAAUCAGCUAUGCAUUGACUGCUGCUUUGAAAUUAUCAUCUAAGAUCCAAACUGCUUCCUGCAUCGAAGAUUUAAGACAAUUGAUUAACAGCCAUCUCACUGACACAAACUUAAUGUUACAAGCAAAAAGUUCCCAAUACUCAAUUCUUUUCAACCAACCCGCACAACGUAAACAUGCCAUAUUAGAGGCAAUGCCUUUGUUCACGAAGAGAACGAAAAGCAAUUCUCCAGGUCCUGAGAAGAUUGCACGCCCAACGAAGCCUGUCGAGACCAACUUACUAUUAGAUCUUCUGGAUGAUAUCCCUACCGCAAGUGAAAACAGCAAUGCUGUACCUGAUUUACUAAAUGACACUCUUGCCCAGGAGAGAAACACUUCCCAGCACUCAAAUGAUGUUGCCCUGAAUGUUAACACAAGGCCUGAGAAUGCUUAUAAGAAUAUUGUGGAAAUACCUCAAGAAGCUUCUAUGCUGUACGAAUCUCCUAAUUUACAGGCAUUUUCUGAGGUUUCAUCGAGUGUUGCAGGCGAAGCUAAAUUAGAAGUAUUCAUUAAAGGUGUUCAAAGCAUUUCCAAUCUUCACAUACUGGCUGCUGUCGCAAAAACACAAAGGCUAACUCUGGGUCCUUUAUCAUCCACAUCUGUCGGGCGAGGUGAGGUUGCAAAACAGCACAUGCAAAUAACAGGUAGCGGAAAACUGAAAUUGAGAAUUAAAGUUUCCUUUACUGCGAAUGGACAAGCUGACGCAGAGCAAUUCGAUCACAAAUUUGAUAUUACCAUAUGA